AUGGAACAACCAGCUGAACAAGUAGUCGAAAAGAUAGAACCUGAAUUCCCGAAUCAUCCAUUUUAUCCAAGAAAUCUUAAGUUACCAACAUUUACCGAAAAAACACAUUCAAUGGAAUAUUCACUAGGAGUUUUUGCAGGAAUAGCGAUAAUUGUUACUUUAAUAUCCACAUUAAUUAUUUAUCAAAAACAAAAUAUUAGCAAAGCAAAUAAAUUCGCAUUUGUGUGGUUUAUUAUAACUGGAAGUAUUCAUAUAUUUGUAGAAGGAUAUUUUGCAUACUUUCAUGAAACGUUGCAGUCUGAUAAUUCCUUAAUUGGUCAAUGGUGGAAAGAAUAUGCUUUAAGCGAUUCAAGAUACUUAUCAUCUGACCCAUUCGUGGUGAAUAUGGAACGAAUCACUGCGAUUUUUUGGGGAACAGGGUCUUAUUUAACAGCCAUAGGAAUACAUCAGAGUUGGCCAUCACGACAUGUUAUACAAUUGGUAACAAGCUUAGGCCAAAUAUAUGGAUUAGUAUUAUAUUAUUGGACAUCAUCAUUUGAAGGAUUUCCCCAUUCACGUCCUGAACCUUUAUAUUUUUGGGGUUACUUUUUGGGAAUUAAUUCCAUAUGGGCUUUUAUACCCGGUGCUUUGUUACUACAAAGUUGGUCAAAUUUGACCAACGCCGUUAGGGAGAAUCAAAAAAGGAAAAAUAAGAAAACUGAUUAA